AUGCAGCUCACCAACCUCCUCGUCGCCAUCAUGGCCACCGCCUCCGCCGUCUCGGCCACCUGCCACACCUCAGGCGUGACCUGGAACGACAAGGCGGCCGCCCGCCGCGCCAUCACCGACGCCUGCACCAAGGGCCGCUUCUCCGUCACCUUUGGCAUCCAGGAGAAGAUCUUCCUGUGCGUCAACUCUGGCGGCAAGCAAAAGAUGGAGUUUUGGGUCCAGAACAAGGCCAACUCGCGCCGCAACUGGGACGACGCCGACUGCAUCCACCGUCUCAGCAGGGAGGUUGACGGGUGCAAUCAGAACAAGGGGGGUUACAGCAAUGUUGAUAACUGGUACUACAGCUCCGACCCCAAUGAGGGCCAGUGCUAG